GGAAAGGACGGAGCAAAGGUGGCCGGGGACGAGGAGCCGAGAGGGGCUCCGCUGCCCGGCCCCGGGCUGGGCUUGUGGAACCGCGGAUUUUAUCGGGCCGUGAGGCCAUGGAGGAGCCCAGGGAGGCCGGAAUUUUCCUGGGUGGCCCCACGGGUCUCCCUGGCUGUCACCUGUGACAAGGACGCCCAUGUGUCCCGCAGGGAAGGAGCUCCCAGCGCUGGGAGCCGGAUCCUUUCCUGAGGAGGCUGACACAGGGGAGCUGCGGAAUGAAGCUGGGAGCCGCCGGUGGGUGAGAGACCCCCCAGGCUCCGCAUGGAUGGGAAUGGGGAGAGCCACCCACGGCAGGAGCCCAGGGCAGCCGGAAAACUCCGGCCUCUUCCUCCGAGCCUUCCUGCUCCUUCUCCUCUGCAGGCACGUCUCUUCCCAGUGCAAGAUCCUCCGCUGCAACUCGGAGUACGUGGCGGCCACGCUGCACCUGCGGGGCCCCGAGCGCGGGGCCGGCUUCUGCACGGCGCUGCGCUCCUACUCCCUGUGCACCCGCCGCACCGCCCGCACCUGCCGCGGGGACCUGGCCUUCCACUCGGCCGUGCACGGCAUCGAGGACCUCAUGAUCCAGCACAACUGCUCCAAGGAAGGGCCCACGGCCCCGCCGCGGCCCCGGCCCCCGGCGCCCGGCGCCCGCGGCUUCGAGUCGCUCGACGUCUGCGACUACGAGCGGAGCUUCCUCUACAAGCACGGCCGCCCGCCCGCGUUCCGGCACUGCGCCGCCUUCGGGGACCCCCACAUCCGCACCUUCCACGACGACUUCCACACGUGCCGCGUGGAGGGCUCCUGGCCGCUCCUGGACAACGAUUUCCUGUUUGUGCAGGCCACCAGCUCGCCGGUGGCCGAGGGGUCCAACGCCACCGUCACCAGCAAGCUGACCAUCAUCUUCAAGAACAUGAAGGAAUGCAUCGACCAGAAGGUCUACCAGGCCGAGCUGGACAACGUCCCGGCCGCCUUCCAGGACGGCUCCGUCAACGGGGGAGCGCGCCCGGGCGGCGGCAGCCUGGCCAUCCUCGAGCGCAGCCCCGGCCGGCACGUGGAGAUCCGCGCCCGCUACAUCGGCACCACCAUCGCCGUGCGCCAGGCCGGCCGCCAGCUCUCCUUCUCCAUCCGCGCCGCCGAGGAGGUGGCCGGGGCUUUCAGCGAGGAGCAGGACCUGCAGCUGUGCGUGGGAGGGUGCCCCCGCGGCCAGCGCAUCUCCCGCAGCCCCCGCGGGCGCGGCCGCGUCCCCGCCGAGACGGCGCGAGCGCUCUGCCGGGAGAUGCUGCCCGUGGAGGACGUCUACUUCCAGUCGUGCGUCUUCGACGUGGUCACCUCGGGCGACGCCAACUUCACCAUGGCGGCUCACGGGGCGCUGGAGGACGCCCGGCUCUUCCUGAGCGACGCUGAGAAGCUUCACAUCUUCCAAGCCGGGAGGGGUUCCCCGCUGGCCUCUCCCUGCUCCCUCCUCCUCCUCUUCCUCCUCCCCUGUGGAUUUUGGGUCGUUUCGUUGCACUUUUAACCCCGGAGAGCCGCCGGCUCUGAGAUGCAGCCAGGAGUUUCCUCGCCUUGAAGGAGGAGUCGCCGCAGCCACGAGGAAUCACAGACCCAGGGGAGGGGAGAGAUGAAUCCCUGGUUUGCACCCAUGGGUCUCGCAUGGAUGCAGCUGCUCCCAGCUCCUCUCCUGAGGGCAGAUCCCAACUUUUCCGGUCCAUUCUGACCUGUUCCUUUUCCCCCUAAGGAUGUGGCAUUGCAGUGCAUCGAGGAAAAAUAAACCCCCUCGGGUUAGAACCCCCCUCUGUCCCUCAAAGCCUUUCCAUAACUCACUUCCCACUUUUCUCCCGGCAGAAUUCCACUCAGGAACCCUACAGACCCAGGAAUAAUGAUCUCAAAGCCCAAUUUUUAGCAGUAAAAAAAUUGUGGUUUUUAUGGA